AUGAGAAAUUAUAUUCGUCCUUGGAAGAAUGCCUUGAACUUCCAAGAAGUCAGGGCAUUGGUUAAACUCUAUGGGGAUCCGAAUAUCGUCGGACUCAGAAAACUCAUCUUUGACAAUCAGGUGUUAUAUUUGGUCUUUGAUUACGAAGAAUCUACUCUGUAUCGCCUUAUGCAUGAUAAGAUCAAUCUUUGUACGGAUGCUGAGUUACUAAACGGGUUAUUGGAGAAGGAUAGGCCUUUUUCGGAGUCUCGGAUACGACGCUGGUCUCGUCAAAUCUUGCUAGCUCUUGCACAGAUGCAUCGUCCUGGUGGAUAUAUGCAUCGAGAUCUAAAACCAGAUAACUUGCUGGUCGCUAGAGAUGGAGAUUCAAUAAGAUCGCGGAUUUUGGUCAAGCUAGGGAAAUUGAUUCUAAAUCACCGUGUUCAGAUUAUGUUACUACACGGAUUUGGGGCUAUAAUGGCCGAACUGUAUUCGUUUCGUCCUCUUUUUCCUGGUAAGAAUCGAGCAGAUCAGCUGUAUAAGAUUUGCAGUGUAAUCGGAAGUCCAACUUAUGAGUCGUGGGCAGAAGGAAUACAACUUGCCAAUUGGUGUGGUUACAAGUUUCCUCAAGUACAUCCAUAUGGUAUUUCUACAAUAAUGAUACCAUCUGCUAGUCAUGAGGCUAUAGAUCUGAUUAAAUCCCUUUGUUUUGGGAUCCAAAAAAACAGACCAACAGCUAUGGAGGCUCUGAAGCAUCCUUACUUUGCGCCCGAUAUGCGUGAAUUGCCAGAAGCGACAACAAGUGCAAAUUGGAGCAGAGCAGAGAAUAUAUCCUAA